UGCGCGCGCGCGUGCGUUUCUGCUUCUUCUUCUUCUUUUUUUCCAACCCCGCAGCUUUGGAUGCGGGACCGAGGAGGCAACACACAGACACACAAACACACACACACACACAAACACACACACACACACAAACACACACAGACACACACAGAGUCAUGGAUAAAGCUCGCGGACGCCAAGAAGCCACUUUGGAUUUAAUGUGAUGUCGCGGGAUCGAAGUUGAAGGAUAAUAAAGGGCGACCGUUCAAUCAUCCGCAACCCGGCAGGAGAAAAGAGGAGAAGAAAGACUGAGAGAGAGAGAUAGAGAGAGAGAGAGAGAGAGAGAGAGAGAGGACAGGACCUGCUGCGAUGUCCACUCCGGUUCUGGAGCUCUGUGGAGGAGAGACGAUGCUGGAAUGAAGUUGAGCACUAUGGGGUUUUCCAGCUUGGCACUCCUGAUGCUCCCGGCUCUCCUCACCCUGGUGGGCGUGGUCCACGCCGCCGAGAAGGUUCCCAUUCUGAACAUUGCCGUGAUCCUGGGCCGAACGCGCUACAUCUCGGACCGGGACAUCCGCGCCCUGUGGAGCAAGGACGACCCGAUCGACGUCAACGUGGUCACGCUGCUGGUCAACGAAACGGAUCCGAAGAGCAUCAUCACUCAUGUGUGCGACCUCAUGUCCGGGACUAAGAUCCACGGCGUGGUGUUCGGCGACGGCACCGACCAGGAAGCCAUCGCCCAGAUUUUGGAUUUUAUUUCCUCGCAGACGUUGAUACCCAUCCUGGGGAUUCACGGCGGAUCGUCCAUGAUCAUGGCGGACAAGGACGUGAAGUCGACGUUCUUCCAGUUUGGAGCGUCCAUCCAGCAGGAGGCGCUGCUGAUGCUGAACAUCAUGGAGGAAUACGACUGGCACGUGUUCUCCAUUGUGACAAGCAAGUUUCCAGGAUACCAGGACUUCAUCGCCAUCCUUAAGACCACGGUGGACAACAGCUUCGUUGGAUGGGACCUGCAGCACACCAUCACGCUGGAUGCGGUGGACGGCGUGGACGGAGGACGGGCUCAGCUCCAGCUCAAGAAGGUGCAGUCGCCUGUCAUCCUGCUCUACUGCUCCAAAGAUGAAGCCGCAUACAUCCUGGAGGAGGCGCGCUCGCUCGGGCUCACUGGAUUCGGAUACAUCUGGAUCGUACCCAGUUUGACCACGGGCAACCCGGACAUAACACCCGACGAGUUCCCGUCAGGCAUGAUCUCCGUCUCCUACGACGACUGGGACUAUCCCCUGGAAGCACGGGUUCGAGAUGGGCUUGGGAUCAUCACCACGGCGGCGGCGGCCAUGUUGAAGGAGUUUGGUGACAUUCCUGAAGCCAAGACCAGCUGCUAUGGGCAGAUGGAGAAGGCCAAGCUGCCGCCAAGUGCACUUCACAAGUACAUGAUGAACGUGACGUGGGACGGUCGGGAUUUGUCCUUCACCGAGGACGGCUAUCAGGAGAAUCCCAAACUGGUUGUCAUCGUCCUGAACAAGGAUCGUGAAUGGGAGAAGAUGGGUAAAUGGGAGAACCGCAGUCUGACGCUGAAGUACCCGGUGUGGCCGCGCUUCAACUCGUUCGGUGACACGGAGACGGACGAUAAUCACCUGAGCAUCGUGACUUUAGAGGAGAAGCCCUUCGUCAUCGUGGAGAACGUGGAACGUCUGACAGGAACCUGCAUGCGGAACUCGGUACCCUGCCGCAAGCACAUCAAAGACAAUUCCACCGAAGGAGGAGGAACGUACAUCAAAAAGUGCUGCAAGGGCUUCUGCAUCGACAUCCUCAAAAAGAUCGCCAGGAACGUCAAGUUCACCUACGACCUUUACCUGGUGACCAACGGGAAGCACGGGAAGAAGAUCAACAACGUGUGGAACGGCAUGGUGGGAGAGGUGGUGUAUAAGAAAGCCGUCAUGGCCGUGGGCUCGCUGACGAUCAAUGAGGAGCGCUCGGAGGUCAUCGAUUUCUCCGUUCCCUUUGUGGAGACCGGGAUUAGUGUGAUGGUGUCCCGCAGCAACGGCACCGUCUCUCCCUCGGCCUUUCUGGAGCCCUUCAGUGCGUCCGUGUGGGUGAUGAUGUUCGUCAUGCUGCUCCUGGUCACCGCCAUGGCCGUGUUCAUGUUCGAGUACAUCAGUCCUCUGGGCUUUAACAGGAACCUGGCCCAGGGAAAAGAUCCGCACGGACCCUCGUUCACCAUGGGCAAGGCGGUGUGGCUGCUCUGGGGUCUGGUCUUCAACAACUCCGUCCCUGUGCAGAACCCCAAAGGCACCACCAGUAAGUUCAUCGUGUCCGUGUGGGCCUUCUUCGCCGUCAUCUUCCUCGCCAGCUACACUGCCAACCUGGCCGCCUUCAUGAUCCAGGAGGAGUUCGUGGACCAGGUGACGGGACUGAGCGACAACAAGUUCCAGAGCCCGUACUCCUACUCUCCACCCUUCCGAUUCGGGACAGUCCCUAACGGCAGCACGGAGAGAAACAUCCGUAAGAAUUAUCCGGACAUGCACCAGUACAUGGUGAAAUACCAUCAGACGGGCGUGACGGACGCACUGGUUAGCCUGAAGACUGGCAAACUGGAUGCGUUUAUUUACGACGCAGCCGUACUGAAUUACAUGGCGGGCCGGGACGAAGGCUGCAAGCUAGUGACCAUUGGAAGUGGCUACAUCUUUGCUACUACAGGCUACGGCAUUGCGUUACAGAAGGGAUCCCCUUGGAAACGCCAAGUGGACCUGGCCAUCUUGGCCAUCAUUGGUGACGGUGAAAUGGAGGAACUGGAGGCCCAGUGGCUGACCGGGAUCUGCCACAAUGAAAAGAACGAGGUCAUGAGCAGUCAGCUGGAUGUAGACAACAUGGCCGGGGUAUUUUACAUGCUGGCUACGGCUAUGGGUCUCAGCCUAAUCACCUUUGUGUGGGAGCAUCUGUUCUACUGGAGGCUUCGCUACUGCUUCACAGGAGUGUGUUCAGGAAAGCCAGGCCUGCUCUUCACCAUCAGCAGGGGUAUUUGGAGUUGCAUUCAUGGUGUCCAUAUUGAUAUGAAGAAAAAGUCCCCUGACUUGGAUUUUAGCCCUCAGGCCAACAUGCUGAAGCUUAUCAAGUCAGCCAAGCAGAUGACAAACAUGACCAACCUGAGUGGUUCGAGGGUAAACUCACCCAAACGCAGUGGCGAGUACAUGCACUCAGCCGGGCCCAUGAUCAUGGAUCUGAUGUCGGAGAAAGGAAACUUUGUCUACACUGACAACCGAAGCUAUGCCCAAAAAGACGUCUAUGCUGACUCCAGUGACAUCCAGAGCUACCUGGCUAACCGGCACAAAGACCACCUGAACAACUACAUCUUCCAGGGUCAACACCCACUUACACUGAACGAGUCCAACCCCAACACCGUAGAGGUGGCUAUGAGUGCAGACGCAGCUCAGACUGCUGCCAAACCCAGGGCACUUUGGAAAAAGUCUGUGGAUACACUACGACAAACCCAGACACCUGACAUGCUGGGUCCAGACCCCCGUCUGUCCAUGAAGAGUCAGCGCUACCUGCCAGAGGAGGCAGCCCACUCCGACAUCUCUGACUGCUCAAGCAGAGCCGCCUCUUACAAGGAUCCCGAGAACAACAAGCACCUGAAGCCCAAGGACAGCUUAAAAAAAAGAUCGAUGACGUCAAAAUACCCUAGGGAUUGCAGCGAAGUGGAGCUGUCCUACUUAAAAAAUAAGCAGGGCGGAACAGGACGAGAAAAAAUCUACACCAUAGACUCUGACCGGGAGCUGAGUCUGCACUCGGAACCCGUGCAUUAUAGAGAGAACAGAGGUCUUGCCUCUGAUGAUUUGGACUUCCCUGAAAUGUACUCUGACCAUAAUGACAAUUACAGAAAGUGUGAACAACCCAUCAUCCAUUUGAACAGCAGCCCCCUCCAUCAUACUGAUGUGGACCUCCUGCCAGACAACGUCUUCAACAAGCAUUACAGCUUAAAGGACAAGAACCUCAGUCCGCAUGAAAGCAACGACCGCUACAAACAAACCCACUGCCGGAGUUGUCUGUCAAAGGUACCCAACUAUGCGACAGGACCCUAUGGCCCCAUGCGCUCACCUUACAACCGCUGCGAGGCCUGCGUCCACAUGUGCAACUUGUAUGACAUCAGCGAAGAUCAGAUGUUGCAGGAGGCCAUGAUCAGUCCCAGCAUGCAGCAAGACGACUUGUUCAGCCAUUACUGGCCCCAGACGGAUGGGCCUCACGUGCAGAAGAGGAACAAGCUACGGCUUAGUCGUCAACACUCCGUCGACAACAUCAUGCUGGAGAAACCCAAAGAGGUCGACCUCAACAGGCCGGCACGCAGCGUCAGCCUCAAAGAGAAGGACCGCUUCCUGGAGGACGGCUCGUACGGAAACCUGUUCAGCAAGUCCGACAAACUGUUUGGCAGCAGGUCCAUGCUCUUCAACCACAACUUGGAGGAGAGCAAGCGCAGCAAAUCGCUUUACCCCGAUCAUACAACGGACAACCCAUUCAUGCAGGCAAUACGGGAUGACACACGCCUGGUCCAUGGCAGGAGCUCUUCUGACAUUUACAAACAAUUUGCUCCUAUCAAAACGAGGAACGAAAACAAUCUGAGGUCCUCUGUGAAGUCCACCGCUUCAUACUGUUCCAGGGAUGGUCGAAUACCCAAUGACUUGUACAUUUCAGAGCAUGCGAUGCCUUAUGUAGCCAACAAGACGAGUGCAUACUCAGCUCCUCGGGUCCUCAGUUCUUCUCAGUUCAGCAAUAGACGAGUGUAUAAGAAAAUACCUAGCCUUGAGUCAGACGUUUAAUGCUCUGUCGUUGUAUAAUUAAAAAUAAUUAUUCACUUAGGGCGCCAUAGUCGGCCACAUAUUAAAAGGAAAAACUGCUAAGUACUCGAGUACUCUAUUUUGCAGCUAUCACUUUUUUUCAUAUAUCAGUAGUCAUCCUCCUGAAUAGCGCUUGCCAAAGGUUUUCAGCAUUUGUUAUUUACCCUGUAGGAAAGCAAAUAUUUCCUGGGCAAGCUAUGAAAGCCCGGCUAGUCAGGUUUUAUGCUGGGGAAACUGGGUCCAGGGCUGACUGACCCUACAGUCACCUCAGAGGCGUGUGUAUUAUUGAAAAGGCAAUUACUGAGACAGAUGGACCACUUUGAAGUGGGCCAGAUUGUAGCCUAGCCACGGCGCUUUAGGAGUUGUUUACUGAAUAAACCUUAGGCAAGCAAGGAGUGUUUCAACAAAAGGAAGCAUAACAUUGCGUUGCUUUUAUUAUCUAUUACUAUAGAGUUGGGAUUUUUGGCAUUCUAAUCCCUAUUUAGACCUUUAGAAUUUUAGCUUAUGUGGUAGCAAAAUAAUCAUUAGUUACCCUCAUGUCCCUGCUUUUUAAACUUCUCAAUUACUGGCAGGAAGAUUCUUUUGCACGUAUUUACUUAUUUAUUUACGUACUUAUUUAAUUUUAUUAGAAAUACAACUCAUUUACAUUUACACGAAACAGUGUUUAUGACAGAUUAAAGCUGGUUGUGCCGGCGCAAUGAAAGCUUGACCUGUACCAAGUAAGUCUGUUUGACCGAUUAGUGUCUGGGAAUGUUUUGUUGAUCCCCCAUCUGAAACAGGGUACUGACAAUUUUUUGGUUGUCUGUUGACUUUACAUUUGAACUUGUGUAAUCUGUUACGUUGAGUACUUGAGUGCACUGUGAAAUCAGAGCAUUACUGAAUGACUGUUGUUUACUUUUUGCUGGGUGGCUGCAAUGCCUGUGGUUGCUGCAUUCUUGCCAUCAGGUCAGUUCAAAACAGCUCUGAAACAUUAGAUAAGUUCAACCAUGAAUGUUGGUUUUCACCAAGUUACCUGUUCAUCAGUUAUUAGAUCAAAAUAUCUAAUGUCUUGGCAAUGUUCUGGGUUCUGUAAGGGUUCUUAGCUUUCUAAAAGGGUUGUGCUUGGAAGCCUCUCUGAAUGGAAAACCCUGCAUUGUAGGGUCAAACAUGCAUAAGGGUUCCUGAAGAGGGAAAAACUGAAGCACCAUUUAGGAUUCUAGAUAAGUACCAUUUAGGGCUCUGAACAGCAAAUAAAUUGCUAGCUUGGUGUACUUUCACGCUCUCAAGAAUGGCCAACUCAGUGGCCAAAAUCUCUUAAAAUCUCGUUGUGCAGACAGGAUACAGAGCUGCAGUCUUAGGGAAAAAAAGCUUUCCUCAAGGGUUCUUUGGCUAAGUAAGGGUUCUAAGCUUUCUAAAGAGGUUCUACUUGGAACUCUGGAAAGGAAAGUGCUUUAUUAUAGGAUUCUACAUUAGAUUGCCUCAGAAGAACAAACUGAUUUACCCUUAGGUUCCUGCCCUCUCUGAAAUGAAAACCCUCGAUUGUAGGGUCCAGGUGUAUUUAGAACCUUUAAGGAUUUCCGCUCAAGUGUCAAACUGAAGUACCCCUUUAGAGUCCUUGAUUUAUGUAUUCUGACUGAAUAACUAAUAACUAAUAAACAGGCAACUUGGUGUACUUUCACUCUCUUAAAGAUGGCCAACACAAUGGGCAAAACCUCUUAAAAUCCUGUUCUGCAGACCUGAUACAAAGCUGCACUCUUAGGAAAAAAGCUUUCCUCAAGGUUUCUUUGGAUAGGUAAGGGUUCUUAGCUCUCUAAAGGAGUUCAUUCUUGUGAACUCACAAGAGAAAACACUUUAUGGCAGAAUUCUACAUAGAACCUGUAGAAGACUGAAGAAAAUGAUAGAUAGGUAGAUUUUUCCCACAAGGACAAACUUUUUAGAAAGAACACUUCAGGAUUCUAUAGUUAAACUUUUUUCUAAGAGUGUUCAUGGUGAAUUCUGUACUGAAUUAAACCUUAUAUCCAAAUCCGAUACCUCAGGAUCAUUCUAUGUUGUGGACGGUCAUCUAGUUCAAUCCAGAACAGUUUGCUGAUUUCUCUGCCCUAACUCAUUAAUGCUUCCUCCUGAGUAGGAUUCUGAAGACCAGAAUCGCUCAAGACUUUCCGAGGUUCAUUUCAGGCAACUCUUUGAAGCUCUUAAGGAAUAAAACAUAAUGGGGCAUGCGCCUGGAAAAUAAUCAAUGAUGGAGUAGUGUGAUGCUCCCGAUCCGAAGCAAGUUAUUAUUACCACCAUAAAAUUGUUUAUUUUCAAAUACCAACACAUCCUAAAGUGUUUUAUUCCUCUUAUACCAUAGCAAUUUGCCAAUGAUUACAAUUUUUAAUGUAUUAAAUGAAAACACAUCAUACUUUUUUAUCUGUUUAUAGUUAGAUUUAAAAGAGUUCUCUAUCAGCGAAGAACAUUUAAAAAAGAAGUUCUCACUUACGUUAUAGCAGCUAUAAACAGUCAUUCCCUCACCAGCCUCUCUUUUUUCUCUCUCUUAAGUUAAUAAGGCAAAAAAAUGCAAUUUGUCAUUUUUUUGUUACAGAGAAACCACAAAGUGCAAACUCCUCUGUCCUGAGGAUUUUGGAAUAAACAUCUCCUUAGAGAAAACUAAUCGGCGUCUGCCGUACAAGUCCCUGUGAAUGAGCAGUUACUAAAGAAAUGAUAAUGAUGAUGAGCUGCCGUUGUACAAAAUAACACCUUCUGACCAAUCAGAAUCGAGCAUUCAACAUCACUGUGGUAUAAGGAAGCAUAAAUGAGACAUUACCCUGGUUACUUGAAAUCAGGAAAUCAUCAAAUGGAUUGAAAUCGAUGACCGCUGGUGUUUGGCCUUCACUUCAGAGCUCAAAAGCACACAUAUAUGUUGGGUUUAGCAAGUCUUUCUUUAUUCUCUCGUCUCCACUGCGGUUGUUUACUCAUCCAAGGUCUUUCAGCGCAGUCACUUUAAUACGAAACACAAUUAGACACGAGCGAGCCGAGAGGCGUUUCUGCUCAUCCAGCCAUGUUCCAAUCGAGAAUGCUGCUCAUGACUCCAGGUCUUAUAUUAAAAAAAAAAAAAAAUGCAAGCUUUUUGUUUGGUUUUAAUGUAUUCAGAGGAUGAUGUUAUAUUAUGAGACUAGCAUUUAAGGACAGAUGUUUAAUGCUGCACUGGGCCAGUUUUCAUAUCAUCAUCUCCCAAAGGAAUUCUUGCUCUUUCCUGUGAGAGUAACCCAGCGUUCGGAGAUCCUCAGAGAUUUAGAACCUUUAGUAGGUAUCAUGAACAUGUUUAUCUGAUUAAGUGCUGCUUGACGAAGCUAAUGUGUAAGUAAUAUGCACAUGUAAAAUAUCAAGGUCUUGUAAUCAUGUAUAACAUUCGUAGAUUUUUUCUAAAUGAAGAUUUGAAGUUUUUUUUUUUUUUUAAUAUCACACUCUUAAUAACUCUUAAUAACCCCGCUCCUUGAGUUGAGCAGUAAUGUAUUUUGAUUACCUGAAAACUAUUAGAGGCAUGCAACCCACCUGUAAUGCUUUAUACGCUUUUGUUAUGAUCUUAAGAUCCAGUUAUUUGUAACAGGGUGAAAAUAUUACCUGCUGUACGGAAACAACACGAUCAUUUUCACGACGAGGAAGGAUGGAAGGAAAAAAAAAAAAGCAGGUGUUUUGAUAACGGAUGUGUUAUUCUGCGAACCACAGCUGCGUUUUUCUCUCAUGUCCCUGCUGUAAGGUGAAUAACCUCGCUUUAUUCCUCAGCAUCACCAGCUACUCCACACUCCAGCUGUAAAGACAAAAAUUAAAAAAACAUCCUUUUCCAAGGCGACUGCCCCCCCCCACCCCCACCCCCAAAGAUACAACCUCUUCUUCUUUCAUCUUUUUCUUUUUUUCUCCUUUUUUCUUUUAAUUUAUUGUUUGCUGUAACAAUAGAGCUUUCUUUAAAAAAAUUCCCUCAAGGAGUGAAAGAACUAUUUUAAAUAUAAGACACAUGUAAAAUCACUUGUAAAUUCAAAUACAUCAUUAUGAAAAAGAGGGUUUUUGGUGUGAUUUUUCUUUUCAGACCUGCUGCUGCUGCUAAAUGAUAUAGUAGCAUUUAUUUAUUUGUUUCUUUGUUUGUUCUUUUAUUCUAUCCUUUUUUUCUACUCUCUUUCUUUCUUUAUUUCUUUCAGAGAGUAAACAUUGGUUCAUUUAUUUUUCAGUUUAUUCUUUUUCUUUCUUUCUUUCUUUCUUUCUUUCUUUCUAAAAGUAAAUGUUUAUUUAUUUAUUUAUUUAUUUAAUAUUUUUCUACCAUCUUUUUUCUUUUCUUUCUUUCUUUCUUUCUUUCAAUGUCUGCAAACAAACACAUGAAUCAAAUAGGGAUUGUAGCCAUGCAGUUUUUUUGAGUGUGUAAAAAUAUAAAUUUCUUUAUUUUACUUUUUUUUUUUUUGAAAAAUUAUUAAUUUAUAUAUUUUUUUUUCCUCAGUUGGCUUGCAGGUGAUUUUGGAUGAUGCAUGUCUCAUAGAUAAGCAUUACAUAAAGAGUGUGAAGUCUGAGACUCUUCCACAAACUACUCAAAACCAAAAUGUUAUUUUUCUUCUUCUUCUUUUUUUCGGUUAGUGUGUGUGUACCUGAGGAUGAUUUCUUGUACGAGUUUUCGGUUGGUCACGUCUGAUAUGAGGGAACGUGCAGGUCAGGGAUCAUUUGCAACUGCAGGCGAAGCAAACGAUUUGAUUGUGAUUUCAGGUUUAGGAAGAAUUUCCAUCCUUAGUUUAUAAAGAAUCUUAAGUACGGUAUUUUUGAUUUACUUUUCAUAGUGCAAGUGUGAAUUUAAAGUAGCUCAGAUGAUUAUUUCAAUAAGGAAGUGCUAAAGAGCUAGAUUAGGCAAAGUAGUCGAGUCGAUAAGAGACACGAUUAGUACUUUCUCAAUUUUAAAAAUGCAAAUUAAGGAGUAACUGUUUUGUCUGUCAGUGAGUGUUUAUUCUCAGAAUUCUUUUCCCGCAAAGAUUCAGGUUUAGGACGUUUAUUUCCUCUGUGGCCAUGUUUGUGUUUGAGAGUCGCCUUUUCAGCAUCUCAUCGCCCACUAAUAGAGCCAUUUUCCCUCCAAACAAAUCCAUAAAAACCUCUUUGAAUCAUAUAAACAGAUAAAACAAUGAGUCUCCGUUGGAAGCUGAUGGAGUCGAUCCAUCAAGGCGAGUUUUAUCUCCCGGAAAAAAACAUCAAGAUUAUAAGAUGGCAAUAAUCUCAAAAAAAAAAAAAAAAAAAAAAAAGGAAUACACUCCACUCUCCAGCCUUUGUAUUAAAUAAAAUAGUGUAACGCUUCAAGUUUGCUUAAGGAUCGUGUUCAUAGGGCUUCAUGACACUCAUAUGUCCCCUUUAUAGGAUUUGACAUAAACAUACACUACCAUUUAUAAAGCCUUAUUCCAAUAGGGGUUCAUUAAGACUUUUGUUGCUUUUGUCAAUUCUGAAGACAAGUUAUCAUAACACCUGAGUUUUUGACAUAAGGAUGUUAUGACACUUGUCAGAGUGACAUAAUAGCGAUGAAGUCACAGUAUUACAGUGUCAUGGAAUUGGCAUACAUAAGUAUUCAUAAAGAUGCAUAACUCUUGUCAUUAAAGUGCCAUGGAAUUGGCAUAGGUAUUCAUAAAGGCACAUAACUCUGUCAUGAUCAUAGCUGAAGCCUGUUGGAAUAAGAAUUUAAAAAUGUUUAUGAGCUUUAUGUCACUUGUCUUGAUUGGCUUAUGUAGGUGUUAUGUAGCUCUAGGUAACUGACACCUGUUGAAAUAAGCCUUCAUAAAUAUUUAUGUAGGUUUAUGUCAGUUGUCUUGAGAGACUUAUGUAGGUUAUAUGAAGCUUGUUGGAAUAAAUCUUUCUAAAUUCUUUUGUAGGUUUAUGUCAUUGUCUUGUAGGGCUUAUGAGGGUGUUAUUUAGCUCUAGGUAGCUGACACUUGUUGGAAUAAGCCUUUAUAAAUGUUUAUGGAAAGGUUUCUGUAGGUGUUAUUUGGCCCAAGAUAGCUGACACCUGUUGAAAUAAACCUUUAUAGAUAUUUAUGUAGAUUUAUGUCACUUGUCUUGAUUGGCUUAUGUAGGUGUUAUGUAUCUCUAGGUAGCUGACACCUGUUGGAAUAAGCUUUUAUAAAUGUUUAUGUAGGUUUAUGUCAGUUGUCUUAUAUGGCUUGUGGAAGUGUAGCCCUAUGUAGCCGAUGUCUGUUAAAAUAAACCUUAUAAAUGUUUAUGUAGGUUUAUGUCAGAUGUCAUGAAGGGUUUAUGUAGGUGUUAUGUAGCCCUGUGAACACUAUCCUGAAAGUAAAGUCUUUCCAAAAAAAAAAUAUUACUUUACUUUUUGAAGAAAAUGACAAAAUUAGACUUUGUUUUAAAAUCCAGAAUGAUCUAUACUAGUUUUUUUCACAGUGAGCUAAUUUCAGAGACGAGACUACGAGGCGUUCGGAGUAAAGACAGGAACAGAAUCCUUCACGCACGACUGCGUUCACUUACCCGUAAUUAAGCCUUACAUUCUAGUGAUACAAUACAGAUGGAAAUGUAAUUUAAAUGUAAAUGAAGACGCCUGAUGAUCAGCGGAAGGUUAUCGUCUCGGAUUUCGCUUUCAGUUCGAGUUCCCCUCGUUGUGCGUUGAAGUAUCCGUCGAGCUUCGUGUUCAUUUCAUGUCAGACGGUGGAGGAUUGUUGAGUGGGAUUCUGAUCGAAAGUGAGUUAGUAAAUGUUGCAAGCAAUGUUUUCGUUUUAACAAUUUGUGUUGCAUGACUUUGUGCAUAUUGGACGUGUAACUUUGAAACUGAGAAAAGUCCGUAAGUGAGAUUGCAUUCAGGUUAGAGAGAGAGGGAGAGAGAGAGAGAGAGUUGUGUUUCCUGUUUCCUCGUUAAAAUUUGUAUUAAUAUUUUCUGUUUUUAAUCUUAUGUGCACUUAAUCCAUUGGAUCUGUCUCUGUUUUGUUUUUUGUUUGUUUUUCUUUAGUUUUUUUUAAAAAAUAAUAAUUAACCGUUAUCACAUUGUGCUCGCACUAAAAAAUGUCUUUCGACAGACUUUCUGCUUUCGGGCAAACUGCAUGAGAAAGUACUAAUUCAGUGGGAUGGUUGAAACAUAUCCUGCUUUCGCUGAACUACAUUGUUUCCUAUCGUUUGUAAUAUAAAAAGUAGUCUAGACAGCUGUAUUGUUUUAUGUUCGAUGAUUCAUUUUGUAUGUGUAAGAUCUUGUUAAGGGGGCGUGUCUUCGGAUGUUGCGUGUAAAUAUGUUGCUGAUGGCGAAAAAAUGAGGCGGGGUUCUACAAGAUGUAAAAAAAAAUAUGUACAUAAGUUUCAUUUUCUAAUAAAGGCGCUUUCUGCCACUUUAUACGAACCCUCACUGUGUGACUGG